UACGGAAAACUGAUGACUAUCCUCGCCAUCGACGGGGGUGGUAUCAGAGGUAUUAUACCAGGUACCAUCCUCGCCGACCUCGAAAGCCAACUCCAGCAGCUCGACGGGCCUAACUCAAGGCUCGCAGACUACUUUGAUUGCAUUACCGGCACGAGCACCGGUGGCCUCAUCGCUGCGAUGCUGACCGCACCCAGCGAAGACAACCGCCCACUGUUCGCCGCCAAGGACAUCAACGGGUUCUACAUGGAGAACGGCCCGGCUAUUUUCCCCCAAAGGAGGAGUACGCUCGUCGCGUUUAUGGCAUCGCUGAUGCGCCCGAAGUAUGAUGGCAAGCAUCUGCACAGCAAGAUUGAGAGCAUGCUUGGAAACACGAGGAUGCGCAAUACGCUCACCAACAUCGUUAUACCAACAUUCGACAUCCAGCUGCUCCAUCCCAUCAUCUUCUCUACAUAUGAUGCAAAGAGCAUGCCUCUGAAGGAUGCACUGCUCUCGGAUGUCUGUAUCAGCACCUCCGCUGCUCCGACCUACCUCCCACCUCACUACUUCCAGACCAGUGACGCCGACGGCAAGACGCGCGAGUACAAUCUCAUUGACGGUGGUGUCGUCGCUAAUGAUCCGACAUUGAUUGCCAUGACACAAAUCGUCAACAACAUCAUGAGUAAAGGCAACGAGAAUAUCUACCCAUGGAAGCAGGUGGACUGCUGCAAAUUCCGGGUGGUGUCCAUUGGCACCGGGUCAUCGUCCGAUCAUGGUCUCUACACGGCGAAGCAGUCCUCCCGGUGGGGCACCAUCAGGUGGCUGCGCAACAAGGAUAUGGUCCCCAUCGUUGACAUUUUCAUGGAGGCCAGCUCUGGUGUCGUCGACAUCCAGGCUGCCACGCUCUUCCAGUCGUGCGAAGCCAACUACCUCCGCAUCCAGGACAACUCGCUCCGGGGCGUGGCGGCCACUGUGGACGUGGCUACGCCGGAGAACAUGCAGGAACUUAUAAGGAUUGGUGAGCGGAUGCUUCAUCAGCCCGUAUCAAGGGUGGACGUCGAGACAGGAAAGUAUGUGGUUGUUCCUGGGGCGGGGAGCAACGCAGAAGCGCUCGCCAGGCUCGCGAAGCAGCUCUCUGAGAUAAGGAAGAGCAAGCUCGGGCGUCAUAGGGCAAGUGGUGGAGAGUAG